UCCCUGGGCGCCUAUCAUUCUUGUGCCCUGAUCGCGAGCGGCAAGGUGAUGUGCUGGGGAUCCAACGGUGACGGUCAGCUCGGGGACGGGACUAACACCCAGCGCCUAUCUCCUGUUCAGGUCUCGGGAAUCUCGACGGCAACGAGUAUCGGCCUGGGCGGCUAUCACUCUUGUGCUCUGCUCCUGAGCGGCAAGGUGAUGUGCUGGGGCUACAACGUGCACGGUCAGCUCGGGGACGGGACAACCAACAACAAGCGCACAACCCCGGUCAUGGUUUCAGGCAUCACGACGGCGACGACAAUCGGUGUUGGAUUUGACCACUCGUGCGCCAUCCUGGCGGACGGCAAGGUUAUGUGCUGGGGCUUGAACUGGGGUGGUGGGCUCGGGGACGGUACCACCACCGACAGCGCAAUCCCCGUUGAAGUCCAAGGCACCUUCACCGCGACUAGCAUCGCCGUGGGAAAAGGGCAUACGUGUGCGCUGCUCGCCGCAGGCGCGGUGGCUUGCUGGGGGAGCAACGGCAGCGGCCAAAUCGGGGACGGGACUACCACCCAGCGCCUAUCUCCUGUUCAGGUCUCGGGAAUCACAACCGCGACGCGACUUUCGCUUGGCGACUAUCACUCUUGUGCCCUGCUUACGGACGGCAAGGUGAUGUGCUGGGGCUUUAACGAUGACGGUCAGCUCGGGGAUGGGACUAACAUCAGCAAAGCUUUUUCUGUCGAGGUUUUGGGCAUUUCGACGGCGACGAACAUCGGCCUUGGCGGCUACCACUCUUGUACCGUGCUCAUCGGAGGCAAGGUGAUGUGCUGGGGCUUGAACGACAAUGGCCAACUCGGGGACGGGUCAACCUCC